UUGACAAUCAAGCUGGUCGUUUUGUUACAAAAUAUCAGGAUCAAGAGCGCUCUGGCAAGGAAGAGAUCCUUAAAAUUGAUAAAAUGAUAAUAGAAAUCUUGAAGGAAUAUUGCGACCAUCAGAGGAAAAAAAGAAACAUCAAGAAAGGUGAAACACUGCUUCUUCCACCGUGCAUUAUUAUGUACCGUAAUGGUGUUGGCGAAUCCCAGUUUGAGAGAUUGCUCCGGUUUGAACUUCCCAAGAUUAAGGAAGCAUGCGCUGAGUUCCGGCAAGGUAACAAGCCUUACGAGCCAAAGAUCAUUUUUGCAGUCGUCGGUAAACGUCAUCAUACGAGAAUUUUCCCAAUAAAUCCCCAAAAUAAAAAUGAAGCCGACAGAAAUGGAAACUGUCUUGUUGGAACGGUUGUUGACAAAAAAAUUACUCACCCCACACUUAACGACUUUUAUCUCCAGUCACACUAUGCAAAUCAAGGAACAGCACGUCCAUCUCAUUAUACUAUACUUUAUGAUGAUAUUAAAUUAACAAUAGAUCAGUUCCAAUCCUUAAGUAAUGCAUUAUGCUAUAACUUCCAGCCUACUUCAUCCAGUAUUAGCAUUCCAACACCUUUAAAAUAUGCACGUCUAACUUGCACCCGGGCACAAAUGUAUUUAACCACUUCGGAGGGUACAACAAGAUUACCAAAGGUGCACGAAAAUCUCAAAAAUUACCCUAUGUAUUUUAUAUGAAACAUAAAAAUAUUUAAUAGUGUAUUUGUUAGCUUUUAUAACAAAUUAUUAAAAUAAUAUAUAUUUGUCUAGGUCCAGUCCAGUAAGUCGAAUUUGUCCUGGACUGGACCAUAAGCCAAUUGUCUAUAAAUAAAUUAUCCCAAAUUUUAUUAUUAUUAGAAACAAUAGAAACUACGCUUUUAGGGACGAGGAUGAAAAGGUUUUCUGAAUUUAACAGGAUACUCUUCUUCAACAUUCACCUUACUAUAAGAGACUUUUGGGUUCUUAAAUAACGUGUUAAAUUUAUAUUAAAUUUAAAUUCGUUAAAUUUGCAUUAAAUUAAAAAAAUAUAUGUAUAUUUAAAGUAAAUACAAAUCAUUAAUUGGUAAAUACA